AUGACGGUCAAGCAGAGGAUGGCGUUUGGAAAAUGGCACGAGGAUAAAAUAAAUAGCGGUGAACUAUUUGAUUUCGAAAAAGAGAUGAUAGAUUACUGCAGGAGUGACGUAGAUAUCCUGAAACAGGCGUGUCUCACCUUUCGCAAAAUGCUGAUGAAAAUCACUGGAAAUUUUGAUUUAGAAUUAGACGAAGAAGGACAGAUGAAUGAAACACUCACAGAGGGUUUGGACCCCUUUAAUGACACCACGAUUGCAGGUGUGUGUACCAAAGUCUUCAGAACGAAAUUUCUCGAAGAAACAUGGAAAGUAAAACUGCGCCAAGGUGACCAACUCACUGAUUGGAUAGAGGCAUCAAAAUUGAAUGGUAAUCUACGAGUAUUCCAAGACGGUGAAUGGCAGAGCGGUAAACAAUUACAAGAGAGAGACUAUGUCAUAGAGGAGUCCCGAUUCGUCAUGUCUAAAAUAGCACAGAUUCCGUCUAAUGGCUACAACUGUGUAGACCAAUACAGUAAAAUAUCGAUACAGUGGAUGGAAUGGCUCAUGGAAAAGAAGAGACGUCAGGGGGAACAUUGUCAUAUAAGACAUGCCCUCAAUGGAGGAGAAGUACAAUUAAAGGGAACAAAGUAUAGAUUGGAUGGUUAUGAAGCUCCCAGCGAGGCCCAUCCUGGAGGGACAGCAUACGAAUUUUUGGGAUGUUUAUGGCUUGGGUGUCCACAGUGUUAUCCCAAUAGGAGUCUACAAAUGCCUAGAACUCGACAGUCUGUGAAUCAGCUCUACGAACAGACAGCCAAAAAAAGAAGGUUUAUAGGCUCGCUAGGAAUGAGGUAUGUGGCAAUCUGGGAACAUCAGUUCACAAAGCUACUCAGAGUGAAUAGCGAAGCCUCUACAUUUGUGGAAAACUUGGACAUACAGGGAAGAUUAGAUCCUCGUGAUGCUUUCUUUCGAGGAAGAACAAAUGCAAUUAAACUCAAACACUCUGUUGCCCAAGGUGAAAAAAUCCAUUACGUACAUGUAGACUUUACGUCAUUGUACCCUUUUGUCAACAAGUAUACAAAGUACCCCGUCGGUCACCCACGCAUCAUAACGAACGAUUUCAAAGAUAUGACGGAGAAUUUUGGAAUAGCAAAAGUGAAAGUUUUAGCUCCAAGACAUUUAUUUCACCCUGUGCUUCCUCAGAGAAUGUGA